CUCUCUCUCUCUCUGUUGUCAACUGUGAAGUCUGUAAUGGCGCCCAAGUCUGAGAAGAAGCUCGCAGAGAAGAAGCCAGCGGAGGAGAAGAAAUCCUCGAGCGUGGUAGGGAAAGCCCCGGCGGAUAAGAAGCCAAAGGCUGAGAAGAGGUUACCGAAGGAGGGAUCGGCCGGAGGCGACAAGAAGAAGAAGCGGAUCAAAAAGGGAAGCGAGACCUACAAGAUAUACCUUUUCAAGGUUCUGAAGCAAGUUCAUCCAGACAUUGGGAUAUCGAGCAAGUCCAUGGGCAUCAUGAAUAGCUUCAUCAACGACAUCUUCGAGAAGAUCGCGCAGGAGGCUUCUAAGUUGGCUCGCUACAACAAGAAACCUACCAUCACAUCUCGUGAGAUCCAGACCGCCAUUCGUCUUGUUCUCCCCGGCGAAUUGGCCAAGCACGCCGUCUCAGAGGGCACCAAAGCUGUCACUAAAUUCACUAGUUCUUAGAUUUUAGAAUUUUCCAUGAGUUUUGGGGUUCCGAUCUGAUCUGACUUCUA